AUGGAAGGCAAAGAUGGGUUGUGGGUUUUAACAGAUGAUAGUCGGAAUCCUAGACGGGAAGGUUUAGUAGUUGAAUAAGACCAUAGUCUAUCAAUAUAUGAUGGUCUGGACACUUAACAGAAGUAAUUGUGUCAAUAGAGAUAGUUGAAAUGAAACGUGACCGUGAUGAAUAAUAUUUAAUGAAGAAAUUUGUGCGCGGUGAGGUACAGUUCAACAUGAAAUAAAGGCUUUGAUUGUCGCUUUGAAGUUUGCGGGCUUCCAGACCAUCAAAUAUCGACGGACUAUGAUAAGACAGUUAGUCGUUGCGGCUAUGAAUUCCUGAAAAUUGCAAUUAGGCUUAGUUCAAAUGAUGAAUUUUUAUGACGCGAACCUAAUGCAAAUGAACUCAAACAGACGAACGAGUUCAGGUAAUUUAUAUUUGGUUCGGCACAUAUGCGCGCGUUUAAGUAGCUAAACCACGAGGUAGCACGAGUGCUUUACCAGAUGUAAAUUAACAUGACGUUUUAUCAGAUACGAACAAUGAACAUUGAACAACUUUAUUUAAGGAGGGUAAAAACACAUGACAGCAAUAUAACUGAAAAAUCUGUAGCCUUCAUAUACAUAGUAUAUAUAUAUAUACAAAGUUAUUAAUUCUACUUUAAAACGUCUAGUAACAGCUACUUAGAGUAAGAUCAAUAAGAUCUAUAAUCUUAGGAUUAUAAAUUCAUAUAUAAGUAGUAAUAUAGAGGCCGAUCGAUCCGGAUUUUUGCGGCGAUGGUGGAGGUGGUGGAGUGUGGUGGAGGUGGUGGAGUGUGGUGGAGGAGUGUGGUGGAGAGUGAAGAGGAGUGAGGAGGUAUGAGGAGUAAUGACGUCACUCAUUAACAUACGUCAUAAUUAUAUGCAAUGACGUCACGCGGGCCUGUUCGGGCGAAAUUGGACAAAACCUGCUGACUACACAUUUUUCAGCUUCUCUCCUCGUGUGUGAUACAAUAGAGGGAUUAAUCUUGGCUUACUAUGAAUAACUCGAGUCCCUCCCAAGGCAAAAUUGUUAUCGAAAUUAAUAUAUAGCAGUGUUAUAGCCGUAUCUUUGCUCGGAAGCGAUAAAUUUCCACGAGUAAAUUGAAGGAUUUUUCGUUAAUCGAUUUUGCUAAUCCUGGGUUGUCAACGUCGUUGCUAUGGUCAAUAUUUGCAUGUUUUCAACAUUAUUUAGCAAUCCUCCUACAUACAUAUAUACUGUUAAGAUGAUCAUAAGAAAGCUUAUCAAGAGUAGAAGUUAGAAUUAGAACAGUUGUAAUAUUUUUUGACACUAUCGUGUGUGAUUGGUAUCAAUAAACAUGUUUUAAACUUUGCAAAUUUGCGUUGUUAUGCGUUGCUAAGUCAUUAGGAGGUGUGUAGGUAAUUAAGGGGAUUAAGGUAAUACGAAUUUGCAUAACUAAGUGUAUCCCGAUGGAUAGAUAGGGAUUAUUUUUAACGCCGGUGUAUACCUUAAAAUCAGGCGCGUUGCUUUGCGGGUGCAUGCAUAUAUUAAUGUACAACAUAUUUGUACACGGAUCAGGCGGGCGGGUUAGAUAAAUCGCGCGGGCGGAAAGAGCGGGCUUUGCAGGUAAAUGUUUCAGUUUUAGAAUACAUUUAUUUCUUCAAAAUGUUUUACAAAAUUUAGUAAGGUCUACUUCUAAGAGCGUAACGUCUAGGUGUUUUUGUUAUUUUUAAAGAGUUCUCAUAUUCUUGUCUAUCUUCUUGGGAUAACUUUGCAAGUUUUUCCGGCUUCAUUGGAAUAUAUUUCGGUCUAUCGCUCAAUAUAAAACGUUCAUAAUCCUCUCGGGGGUGCAGGGGGGGGGUGCGCACCCCCAGGCUCUGGUCAACAGGGGUGCAUGGGGGGGUGGGUGCAAAAAUGACGUUUAUCCUAAUUCUAACCAACUUAUGUUAAGGAAUUCAGUUGCGUAUCACUAGUUGACAAUAGCGGAAUAGCCAAUAUUAAAUAUUCUGAAUUUUUAAAUCUUUUGAGAAUCUAAAGAUUUUCCAGAAUGUUUUCUCAGAAUGCUGGAAAUGCCAUUUCAGAGACCGAAAUUUUAAAAAUUUUCUGGGGGAGUAUGCCCCCGGACCACCCAAGAAAUCUCGCGCCUUCGGCGCUCGUUUCGCCAUUGGUUAGCACCCCCCCCCAAGAAAACUUUGCUGAAUCCACCACUGAUCGGAUUCACCAUCCACAAAAUUUUUAAAGGCGGGUUCUUUCUCAACCUCGCAAGCCAGGGUUGGUUUUUUUCUCUUAAUUGCCACAUACUGUAGAGAAAUUUACGAGUAUCCUUGACCAUGUGGUUGUUUUUUUGUAUUGGCAGACUAUAGAGAUGAAGUCAUUGAUGCACACGAUGAGUUGGCCAACGAUCAUCAAGUUGAGGAGAACACUCCGACUCAGUUGGUUAAAGAAAUCGCUAUUAACCGCAAUAACGUGUUAAAGGAUAUGAUCAUUGCAUUUAAAGACGAAAUAAUUUUGUCUUGUUGCCUUGAAAUUGUAUUUAUCGACGAGAGAGGAAACAUCGAUAACGGAAGAGGUGCUGGUGUAAAGAGAGAGGCGCUCAGUAUAUUUUGGAGAGAAUUUUACAACUCACUUGCUACUGGUGCUUCCGAAAAAGUUCCAGCGAUACGUCAUGACUACCAGCAAAGUGAAUGGAAAAAUAUUGCGCGUGUCCUUGUUGCAGGAUUUACCAAGUUUGGAUACUUUCCUGUUACUCUGUCGAGUGCAUUCAUAGCUUCCUGUCUCUUCCCGGAGGAGUUGCUUGCUAAAGAAUGGCUUGUAGAAUCUUUUCAUCAAUACAUAUCCAAAGAUGAGAGUGAAACUCUAAAAAGAAGUGUCACUGACGAAUGCCCUGAUCCAUCAACAGACGAGGAUGUGACUGACGUGCUCUCAAGCUACAAGUGCCGCAGAGGGGUUAGAAAGGACACAAUGCCAAAAAUAAUCAAAGAAUUAGCACAUCAAGAGAUAAUACAGCGUCCGAAGUACGUAGCUAAUGCCUGGUCUCCGAUUGUGAACGAACUUAAACGUUUUGAAGAAUUUAAAACUGUUGAUAGCUUGGUGAGAUUUUAUGAAGCUAAAAAGCCUACUCAGAAAAAGGUUUGCAAGCUCUUGACCUCAAAUCCAGCCACCGAUGCCCAAAGAGAGUGUUUCUCCCAUUUGAAGCGGUUCGUUAAGUCCCUCGACGACAACCUAGUAAGUAUUUUUCUCCAAUAUGUUAGUGGUAGUAACAUCAUUGCUGUUGAUUCAAUUGAAGUUGCGUUUAGUGAAGAAAGCG